GCCCUUUUCCUUUCCCCAGACCUCCCUUCUCCCUUCAACACACGGACAGAUACACACCAACAGAUACACAGCAUCCUCAAGUCUAUCAAACACACUUCUUUCGAACCAACAGCCAUAAUGCAGUUCUCCACUCUUAUCAUUGCUACCCUCGCCGCCGUGGUUUCCGCCAGCCCCGCCGUCAGACGCCAGGCUGAGUGCCCCCAGGUGGCGGACAUCCCCGCUUGCGGUGCUCCCUGCAUCCUCGAGGCUGCCGUAGCGGUUGGCUGUGCGGACACUGACUACCCCUGCAUGUGCGGCAAGUUCGACGAACUCCAGACCAGCGCCGCCUCUUGCGUCAUUGACGGCUGCGGCAUUGCAGGUGCCCCGGCCGUGCUCACUGCUGCACAGGCAGUCUGCGAUGCUUGCGGUUAAUCUGGUCACUGCCAUGCCCCGGGUUGGGCCAAUGUGGUAAUGCCGGAUGGAAAUACUACAUACCUACCUAGGUAGUUACAUAUGCUUGUGCUAUCGAAGGGGGCUCUUUGGGGAUUUAGUGGGCGGAGGCCAACUGAAAUAAAACACGACUGCAGUCACCCAACAGCUCUAUUCCGU